AUGUCUGCUACAAUUUCUAAAACUAUUAAAUAUAACCCAAAAACUGAUAAACUAAUAACAGUUGCAUGUGGCUGUUUCUGGGGGACAGAUCAUAUCUAUAAGAAGCAUUUAGGUGAUAAAAUAAUUGAUGCUAAAGUCGGUUAUGCAAAUGGUGACGAGUCUAAAAAUGAUCAAGUGGAUUCUGUUUCAUAUAAAAGGGUGAAGCAAGGUGAUACUAAUUUUGCAGAAGCUUUACAGAUAGCAUAUAAUCCAAAUACAAUCAAAUUAAAGGAAUUAGUAGAUUUCUUUUUCAGAAUCCAUGAUCCAACGACAGUGAACUUUCAAGGUCCAGAUCAAGGUACUCAAUAUCGUAGUGGAUUGUUUGCUCAUUCUGAUGAAGAUUUAAAGGAGUUAGAACUUUUGAAAAAGGAAUGGCAACCAAAAUGGGGAAAUAAAAUCGUUACACAAGUGGAACCAAUUCAUAACUUUUAUGAUGCUGAAGAAUAUCAUCAGCUUUAUUUGACUAAGAAUCCAGAAGGAUAUGCAUGUCCAACUCAUUAUGUUAGAGAUAUUUAA